AUCGGUUGGAUUGCGAGUAGUCACUCUUCGCGAAAAAUGUGAUUCUAACCAAGCAAGAUAAAAAGAUAAGUGGUGCGUCGUGCUGAUAAAACCCCAACUGUUUUAAAUUUUAUUCCAACGUCAACCUAUGCGCGUAAAUAUAGACACCCAAGACACUAAUAGUGAGAAAUUUCACUUUUGUUUCACAGUGUGGCAUAAGCGUCCUUUAGUGUAACACGUGUUCUUGUGUGUAAACAGAGGUGGAUAAAAGCUCGGGAUUGUGCAAGUUUGACAAAAGUGGCCAUCGACCAUAAAUCUUCCACGAUGCUGGAGCUGGUAAAGAGAGCGAGUAUGGUCGGUGGUCCAACAAUGUGUAGCGCACAAUACGUAAAAUACCGUAAACGCGAUAAAAGUGUUAAACCUAACAUAAAUAUACGACCCAGAAGUUUGUUAUGUGGUGGAAACUCGGAGGAUAUUUACAGCAACAGCAUACAGCAACAGAGUAACACGUGGAAGUUUCACAGACCCAGGCCGAAGUCCUUCAGUGAUGUUUCACCGACACCCCCCGUGAACCAGGGCUCGCCAGUGCGGUGCGCCCGCAGCAGAAUGGACAGCCCGAAGAAGUCACCACACAGCAGCCCUGUCUCGGCGGACAGGGCGAUCUUGAAGGUGCAUUUUCCCAACGGAGGGUUCAACAUCAUCAAAUAUGGGGACGCGGUCGAUGUGAAAGGGAUCAUCUCGACGGUCACCGAGAGACUGUCGAUAGGAGAGAGAUACUACACGGGACUUUAUGCCAUGAGGUUGUGCAGGCCUUCGACGGGAGAGGUUUAUUGGUUACAUCAGGAUUUGACGAUGAAGCAAGUUCAGGAGAAGUAUUUAGCGAAGCAUCCGAACUCGGAGUGGAGAUAUGACCUCAGGAUUCGAUAUUUACCGACUAGUCUUCAAGAUUUAUGUGAUAAAGACAAGGUCACGUUUCAUUAUUAUUACGACCAGGUGAAAAACGACUACCUCUCUGAUUGCAACAUACGAAUAGAACAAGACGUUGUAGUGCAACUGUGCUGUUUAGAAAUACGUAGAUACUUCAAAGAGACGUUUCCCAAUCCCCUGGACAAAAAGUCAAACUUUGAAUACUUAGAACGCGAAAUCGGAAUGAAUAGAUUCAUCCCUAAUCGAAUUUUAAGUACAAUGAAACCGAAAUCGUUGCGAAAGAGCAUCCAGAGCCAGUUCAAAAAAUACGUUAAUAUGACGGAUAUAGAAUGUAUGUUCAAAUUUUUAGAAACGUUGAUGCUGUAUUAUAAAUUCGACCAAGAGAGGUUCCGGGUAGAUUUAGGAAGCAGCUGGUCAGUUCCUGUCGAAUUAGUCAUUGGACCAGAUCUUGGAAUUUCUUACACUAAUGUACAGACGUCGAGUACGACAAAGAUAGCUAAUUUCGAUCAGAUCCAAGCCAUUCAAACCCUAGUCAGUGAUUGCGAGGAGCACAAUAAAGCAACGUUGCAGCUUCGAGUAGCUGGUGCACAAGAGAUUUUAUUUUUUACCUGUCCUAAUCUAGAAACAUCCGAAAGUCUUGCGGAUUUAAUAGAUGGGUACUGUAGGCUACACUCGGGAAGUCAAACUUCUAUUUGGAAUAAAAAAGCCACUGUUUGGAAACAGUUUCCUUGUCCUUGUAAAGAUUCACAUCCUUCCAAACAUAAAAGUAGAAAUUCUGAUAAUACAACCGGAACUAUGCUUUCAGAAGAUUAUGCCGAAAUUGUGGAUGAAGAAGGCGAUUAUUCGACACCUGCAACCAAAAGUUACGAGUUACAACGGGAUCAGAUUCAUCUGGGAGAAAUAUUAGGUGAAGGACAGUUUGGGGACGUCCACAAAGGAACCUUUAAGUCUAAAGACGGUAACCUUGUACCCGUGGCUGUGAAGACUUGUAAAAGAGAGGCUGAUUUAAACACAACAGAAAAAUUUCUGGAGGAAGCUUAUAUAAUGCAGAAAUUUGACCAUCAACACAUCAUCAAACUCAUCGGGGUGUGCUCCCAGAGCCCGGUGUGGAUCGUGAUGGAGUUGGCAAAACUGGGAGAACUACGAGCAUAUUUGCAAAACAACAAAGACGAACUUGAUUUGGCGACUUUAUUACUCUAUGCAUUCCAGCUUUCUACAGCUUUAAGUUAUUUAGAAUCUAAGAAAUUUGUACAUAGAGAUAUAGCAGCUAGAAACGUACUAGUGAGUUCGCAUACUUGCGUUAAAUUAGCCGAUUUUGGAUUGUCUCGCUCAAUGAGCGACGAUCAAAGCUACUACAAAGCUUCAAAAGGGAAGCUACCCAUUAAAUGGAUGAGCCCUGAGAGUAUAAACUUUCGACGCUUUACUACAGCGAGUGAUGUCUGGAUGUUUGGUGUGUGUAUGUGGGAGAUAUUAAUGUUAGGUGUGAAACCAUUCCAAGGAGUUAAAAAUAACGAAGUUUUGACGAAAAUCGAAAACGGAGAACGAUUAGCUCUGCCUCCAAACUGUCCUCCAAGGUUGUACUCAUUGAUGUCGCAAUGUUGGUCAUACGAACCUAGUAAAAGGCCGAGUUUUAAGGAGGUUAAAGAAUUGCUAAACGAAAUAUUACUAGAAGAAAGAUCAGCAGUACAGGAAACACUUCGCCGAGAAAAUCGAAGAGUGGCUGCCAUGUCCUGGGGUCCCAACGACGAUUUUCCUCCACCGCCAAAGCCCUCGCGGUACCCAAUGCAAGCUGUUGACUCAACUUCUUUGGCAUCCUUAGAAACAAUGGCUCCAGGACCUCAGACCUAUAUUGUAGCGCAAAAUCCGGAAGUGCUGGCUCAUCUAAUGAAAGAGAACGAAACACGGGGUCUGAGUCCAGCGGCGUACACGACACCAGCAUCGGUAUUUAAUACAGUAGCCGUAGAUUUCGAAAAAGUGGAAGAUGUUCACGAACCGAUCCUUAAAACAUGCCCUAUUCCCAUCCAGAAUUUGAAGAAGCUCGAUCCUGAGGUUCCAGAGAGCCAUCCCGACGCGAUCUACUUGAAAAAACUGGGCACGCUCGAAAGAACGCCCUCUAGAACCAGCACGGGAAGCACCACACCGAAAAUGGGCUCUCUCGAACGCAAAGUCAGCGAUAGCGAGAACAUCUCGCCUAACAUGAACUCUCUAGAGCGAAACACUCACUUGAUUCACAGCUCGCAUAGCAGCUUAGACAAAUCGGGAAUGUUCAGCCCGAAGCUGGGUUCUCUCGAACGAAAAUCUAAAAGUAGUUCUCCCAAGAUGGGUUCUUUGGAGCGGGCAAACAGUAACUCCGCGGCUUUUUCUCCCAAAAUGGGCUCUCUGGAACGCAACAAGCAGUCCCAGCAAAUCAUUUACGAUCCCGAUUCUAUCCCGAGUUAUCAUCCAGAUCCUGUGGUUUACCAGUUUUCUGACAAAUCUAAAGAGAUGCAACACUUUGAAGAAUGUAUUUAUGAUUUUGGGGGGGCCGACGUUAAAAGUUGCGCCCAUAAACAGCCGUUCUUCAUACAAAAGGCAGUCGAUAACAAGUUACAAGAACAAAAACAGGCGGGUUCGUCGCCUCAACAGUCUCUUUAUGGAGACCUCCUCUUAGAUAAAGCUAGAUUUACUAACCAGUCUAACUUUAAUCAUAAAGUUUUGGAAGAAAGACUGCGCCAACAGCAGAAAGAAUCAGAAGAAGAUUCGCGAUGGUUGGCAGAGACGGAAACUAAUUUGAAGAAGCGUUUAAGUAUUGCUACACCUUCAACAGAGGUCGAUACACUUCACAGUAAUUCUCAGUCAUUAAAUUCACUCCCCACUAGUCCCAAUUACUCCAGCACGGCAACACAACAGUUGUCGAGUAGUUUAGCUAAUAUGUCGUUUAGCGGAAAUGGCCGACAAAGUAGUACGGGCUCUCAGUGUAGUAGCAAGAGUCACUCGCCUUCAGGAUCUAUUACUAAUACCAUGACGACAGUAGGCAAAACUGAACGUAGCCUUACACCCAAUAGUGGAUCAGAAAGUGGGGAUGCUGGAAAACCAAAGAUGGCAACUCCGACUCCCACUGCUGAUUUAGACCGAACAAACGACAAAGUCUACGACUGUACAACCCAAGUAGUCAAAGCUGUGAUGUCUCUUUCCCAAGGAGUUCAGCAGUCGCACGCUGAUCAGUAUCUGGAUUUAGUGCGAAGAGUAGGUUUAGAGUUACGCGGACUUUUAGCCAGUGUGGAUGAAAUAGUGAACUUUUUUCCAACAUCAGCUCAAAGAGAAGUUGAAAUGGCCCAUAAAGUUCUCUCUAAAGAUAUGGGCGAGUUAGUCAGUGCCAUGAAACUGGCGCAGCAUUAUAGUCAAACUACUCUAGAUAAUGAAUACAGAAAGGGAAUGCUAGCUGCUGCGCAUGUGCUUGCGAUGGAUUCGAAGAAUCUUCUAGACGUAGUGGACACAAUUAGGAUGCGUUAUCCGCAGUUUAAUAAGCAUUUGUUUAAAGUAGAUGACCCGAUUCCUGAAUCCGAGUCGACCGAGGUCGAACCUCAAGAAAAACAAGACGUACCUAAAGCAGCAGAAGCUGCAUCGACAUAUCCCAAUUUACCAAGUCCUGUCGCUGUUUCUUGUAGUGUCCUGCCGGUUUAUACUAAUUAUGUCCAAUCAGCAGCCACGUCUUCUAAUUUAAGUACAAACCAAGUUGACAGUUAGUUUAAUCAUAAAAUUAUGGACUAGGUAGCUUGCCAGGUUUUCAUAAGCAUGGUCAAAGUUAUUUAUUGUGAAUGGUGUUCUUUUCUUGUAUCAUUGAAAAGUAAAUUUUUUGUACGAUUCAUUUCUUCAGCUCAAGUUAGGUUAAUGCGCUUUUAAAGUGAAACUAAAUCAACUGCUGUCUUGGAGUCUUGCAUUUCGAGGUAGGUUUAUAUUUGUGGCUCAAAUCGAGAUAUAUUUUUAUAAAACUUCAUAUUAAAAAUAUGAUUUUUAUGGUUUUCUAGUGUGAUAUGAGGAGGAAGAAAUUGUUUAUGAAAAUCUCGCUAUAGAUUUAGUUUAUUAAAUACACCUUACAACAAGAAGAAAUAGUAUAACUUGUUUUAUCCAUCAUGCAUUUUUGAAGCCUUUUCUUGUUAUCGUAGAGGGCUUUCAUUGCACACAGUAUUACAUACAAGUAAUUGAUGCUUAAAAGUGCGUCUUCAUAUUUAAAACAGUACCCUCCCUCCAAUUAAAUUAUAUUAAUUUGUAUAUUAUUUUUAGUUUUUUAUUAUUCUUUUUUUAAAGACUGCAUAGUUUAUCUAAUUUUAAUUGUAGGCUUAAUAGUGGCAUUUCUAUGAAUUUUUAAGUAAAAUUUUAUAAUUGAUUGUAAAAAAUAUAGCUAUGAUAUUGAAAAUUUUGAGAACAGUAUAAUUAAAUUAUAUUAAUAACAUUGGAAAUAUGUAUUGGUAAAAAACGAUUUGAUGUGAAUCCUU